AUGGCUGGAGGGCUAGUUGGCUUGCUAUGGGAAGAAUGGGGGAUCCAAGUCCUGGUCCUGCUGAGCUUUAUGUUGCAAGUUUUCCUCCUCACCUUCGCUGGGAUACGUCGGCGCAAAGCUUCCGCGGUGUUGAGGCUCGUUCUUUGGCUAGCGUAUCUGCUGGCUGAUUCCACCGCGAUAUACGCCCUUGGCUGCAUAUCUGUCACCAGCAGAUCCCUUGAGCACAGGUUGGUUGUGUUCUGGGCGCCGUUCCUGGUGUUGCACCUGGGCGGUCAGGACACAAUCACCGCCUACGCCCUUGAGGACAACCGACUAUGGCUGCGCCACUUGCUUACUAUGGUAGUGCAGGUCCUGUGGACUGCUUAUAUUGUAUACAAGGCCAUGGCUGGUGCAGAUACUUUUCUCCUUCUGGCCACCAUGUUCAUGUUCAUCGUUGGUGUGGUCAAGUAUGGCGAAAGAACAUGGGCACUCAGGUGUUCUAAUAUGGCCAACAUCCGAAGCUCACUCAAGAGGACCGGUGUCAAAAACCAUUUGUGUGGUCAACUUCAAGGUAUCAAAGGGGAUCUGGAUCAAGAAAACCUUUUGUUGCUUGCUCACUCUGUCUUCGACAUUUCCAAGGCAUAUAUGGUUGAUUCUUCAGUUGAGGUGGCUCCAAGUCCAAGCGAUGAUGAUUCGACAGGACUUGUAUCCUUUGGAUGGAAGGAGAUCUGCACAUUGGUCGAGCUGGAGCUCUCCCUCCUGUAUGACAUCCUAUAUACUAAGGCGGCAGUGAUCCACACAUGGUACGGACUUUUCAUCCGUGUGACUGCACUAUCUACAACCCUGGCAGCAUUUUUGCUGUUUCAGUUGAGUAUAAAAGAUGGCUUCAGUGAAGUGGAUAUCACUGUCAGUUACAUCUUGGUGGUCGGCGCCUUGCUCCUAGAGAUCGCAUCAGUGCUCAGGUCAAUUGGAUCGACAUGGACAUGUGACUUGAUGCAUUCAAGAAAAUGGCAUCGCCUUCUUCAUAUGGCUGUUUCUCUUCGCCGGUGUGUCGGGGCGCAAAGCUACAGAAGUUGGUCUGGCACCAUUUCACAAUACAACCUGUUACACUUGUGCACCCGCGACACGAUGGAUCUCAGUAGCAAGCUAACAAAGAAGAUGGGGCUAGAAGACUUGUGGAAAGAGGUGCAUUUCUCGGGGACCCUUUCUAUGUCAUCAGAUGUCAGAGAGUUGGUGUUCAUGCAGAUCUUGGAAAUUAUGGAAAGCUCAGAGGACGCGGUAAGGAAUGAGAGGGGUGGCUGGGUACUACGUCGUUCUGGAUUAUAUAGUGACCUCCGUUGGAGCAUCGACGCUGAUUACCAUGAGAGCAUCCUCAUAUGGAGCAUUGCUACAGAUAUCGUGAUCGUCUGCGGCGAGCAGGCCAAUCUCGAGGAAUCAGCGAGUCUCCGUAAGGCAACCUCGGCAUUGUCCAAUUACAUAUUGUUCCUCCUUGUAGCACUCCCCUCCAUGCUGCCUGGACCCCUUCGCCGCAACCUGUAUGAGCAAACCUGCAAUGACUUGGUUGAUAUAUGGCAUCGUCACGGCUCGACAGAGCCCAGGGAUCAAGCAUCUUUUGGAUGCAACUUCGUCCAUACACUGAAGAAACUAUUCAGCAAAGAUAGCCCCAAUUCUUCAAGGCACCGGGAGAGGGAGAAGCUUGCCAGGAUCCUACUAAGUAAGAAGCACAAUUUACAGACUAACGACUCUCCCGGCCGUACCCUCCUUCUCGGAAUUCAAUUGGCCGAUCAGCUUCUCAGCAAGGAAUCGGAUGUGCCGAACUUGUUGCAAGUGAUCUUUGGGGUGUGGGUGGAGACAUUGUGCCAUGCAGCCAACCGAUGUAGCAGAGACUCCCAUGCCAGGCAACUUAGCAAUGGCGGUGAGCUGACAUCAAUCGUGUGGCUUAUGUCAGGUCUUGUUGGAUGCCUGCCUAAAAGGCAGCCAGGCUUGUAA